AUGGCGGAACUUCGAACGUUCCCUCGCUCAUCUCAACGCUUCCAUUCGAAAUUCGUUCGCCGCGGGUAUCGUUCGAUCGAAAGAUCGUUCGAUUCGACUUCUCCAAAAAAAAAAACGCUCGCGCUCGCGCGAGUUGUGUUCGCUCUUCCAAUUAUUGUUUCGAUUACUGUUGGAGCGAUGAUCGCGCAUCGUGCAAGAGAUUUGUCCCCCGUCCUCGGACUUCUAUUACCGCUGAUCCUUGUCGCGAACGGGCACGAAUUCGUGACACCUGAAAACGAAGUCGACGUUAACCCGUCCAACGUUUCGUCGUCUAUUCUCAAUCACAAGAUGGAACCUCGUACCGACGGAGACUCAUCCAUUAAUUGGAGCGUUGAAAGAAAAAGCGGCGGGCCUUUCAGUUAUCGACGGGACAGUUAUCUGGAGGCUUUAAGGCACUCUCGCACAAGCACAGAUCCCCGUGAGGGGAUCGUCGACGCGGUUGGAACUGGAUCGUUUCAACGAAGGAAGGAGCAAUCGUUGGGGCCGGUUUACACGACGAAACGUUCCGAGAUAACUCCUCUUUCCUCCUCCUCCUCUCGAAUCGUUCACGGGAACUCUUUCUCCAUGGUGCCCAGCGACUCUUAUUCCCUACCUAGUCGAACGUCCGUCGAUUUUAACGGAGUUAAAAGUACUUACGGACCGCCCCAACCUUCUUACGGAUCACCUUCUAUCUACGGGCCUCCUCCAUCUUCCAACGAUUAUUCUUCUUACGGGGAGUACGGGACAAACGGAGGUGGUUACUCGCCGCACCAGCCACAGCAAGGUGAGACACGAGCUUAUGGAGCGCCGCACGGGAUAUCCGAGUCUGUGCAACUCUCCCUUCCGUCCAUCGACUUCUCGUGGCCGUUCGCGCUCAAGCUGAACGCCUUCACCCUUGCCAAGAUACUUCUCAAGCUGGUCAUUUUUAAGAUGAUCGUCAAGUUCAUCGCUAUUAUUUGUUUGUUGCUGUUCAUCCCGAAACUCGAGAUCAAGAAAAGUGACAAGGGGAAUAAUAUGCAGAAUAAUGACGAUGGAGACGAAGGACGUCGUUUUCUGAACGCAAACUCGAUGGUGUGGAACAGGUUGAAUCGCUUAACCUUGGUUGUGCACGACGCGAUGAAGCAAUACGGAAUCGAUAUGGAUAAACCACGAUCGAGCACCGAUAAAGAAUGCUCGACGCUUCACUGCCAAAUACGAAGAGCCUUCGAAGAACAAAAUGAAACUUGGCCGGAUUACGAACAACUGUUGCAGAACUAUAUCAUGGAGGAAACUCGGCUCAUACAAGACAAAUCUUAACCUGCAAUCGCAAUUUCGUUUCUGCAAAAAUAUUUUUCUCGAUCCGACCAUGAAUUCGGUCGUUGAUCGAUUCUUAACGAUCCUGCAGAUCAACUCGAGAUAUUAGCAAUGAAAACGAAUUCAUUUCCCACAAUAUUAUAAAGACCAAAAAAAUUCGUGGACACGUUCUCUCUCGUAAGAAAAUUUAUCGCAAGAAAAUUUUAAUUCCAUUCCUCGAUCUUUUAAUAACUAUUAAUCAAUUUCUCGUUUAAACUCUAUCCAUUCGUUAAUUAGGAUUCCUUGCCAACGCUUGGAAUAUUUCUCCGGUUGGUCUACGGGAUCCUUUAUCGCGUAUUUAUCCGUUACCUAGGUAAACAAUAAUAUUUACAUUGUACUCGUGUCACGCUUGCCCUCCAAAUAAAGACGUUUUAUCGUCUCGAGCCCGUCACACGCGUGCCUUUCGCUUCUUUCCACAUUGCGUUUCGUUCCAUUUCCGAACGAAAUCGCAACACUUAGCAAUUCCGCUGGCGAAGAGAGCGGAGGCGCGACCAAUUUCGAAGAUUGCCGCUACGUGAUCCUCUGUUAUUAUUCUCGAGUUUUCCGGACCGGAGGACACGGUGGGGAUGUUGUGUUCGUUUAUAAACGGUGCUGCUACAGCCGGCAAUGUUUCAGUCGUUUUUUGCCUCGACGGGUGAGUAUAGUUUCGCCUUCGUCGUCCCAGAGUCCGCGCGGACAGCCUGCCCGUUUCCUUUCACCUGCGUGAAUCAUGAAGUCGAUCGUUUUACUAGGUAAGUAAACAGAAUCGAGAGAAGAAAUAUGUAUACGCGUUUACACGCGCUAUACACUGUUAUUUUUUUCGUGCCGCGUGACUUCUGUCGGUGACUAAGCCGACCGAGCGAAAAAGGAAGUCGAUCACGUUUUAACGAGGAACGAAUUAAGGUCUUUCGAGAAGGCGCGUGACUUUGACUAUGCGCUGGAGGAAAAGGAAGUCGAUCACGUUUGUUAACGAGGAUCGAAUUAAGGUCACGCGUGAAAACGUGUCGCGACAACUUUUGCUCCUUCGUUUUCCUCGAUCAAUUACUGAGGCGGGAGAGGAGGGGGAAGAGAGAGAGAGAGAGAGAACACGUGCAAUGCACAGGAUGCGUAAUGUAUAAUUCGUGGCGCAUCUUGGAAGGGCUGAUUCUAAAUGCUGAAACGAAAAAAGAUUUUGAUAGAACGCGACCUAUUUAUCGAGUUACGGCCAAUUCAAUUCGUAUUCACUCUCGUCUCUUUAUCUGAAAAUAUAUAUAUACAUAAACUUAAUUCCAUUUGAAAGUAGCACGAUGAAGAUGAAGUUUAAUUCCCCUUUUGAAAUUCUCGAAAACGUGGCACGUUUUUCCUAUUCCUCAAUUGGAUAAUAAUCGCCACGUCCACGUUCAUCCAUUCAGCGUUGGUGGUCGCGUGCGCCCUCGUUUUGGCCGAGACGGCGAGCACCUCUUCGUCUUCGACGAAACCGGUCAAAGAGCCCAAGGAGAUCAAGGAG